CUGAUUACCUUGUUGGCUUCCAGCCUGUGGCUUUCAAUGAAAAAAAAAGUGAAAAAAAAGGAAGCUAAAACAAAAUGGAGUCGUUUUCUUUUCGGGGGGAGUUGAGGCGGGAAUGUCUGCGUGUGGCCACUACCACUCUUCUCUUUUUAUUAGAGGAGAAGGUACGCAUGCAAAAGCGAAGAAGAGGUGGAGUAGUGGUGCAACCCACGUCUCCUCUCCUCUCCAUUCGAUCCAUCCAUCCAUCGACCAACCAUCUCGAUCGAUCUCCAUAUAUCGAUCUCGUCGUCGUCUUAAUUAGUCUUCAUCAAGUCUCUAGCUUAAUCGCUGCGUUGAGUUUGUUCUUGUUCGAUCUUGAUCUUGGAGGCAAUUACGUUGAGCAAUGGACGUUGUCGGCGGCGGCAGCGGCGAGGAGGAGGAGGUGGAGGUUGGAAGUGGUGGUGAUCAGCAGCAGCAGGAGCAGCCGCCGAUGGAGAUCGGUUGGCCCACCGACGUGCGCCACGUCGCGCACGUGACGUUCGACAGGUUCCAUGGCUUCCAGGGCCUCCCCGUGGAGCUCCAGCCCGAGGUCGCCGGCAACGCCCCCAGCGCCAGCAAGACGGUGUUCGGCGUGUCGACGGAGUCGAUGCAGUGCUCGUACGACGCGCGAGGGAACAGCGUGCCGACCAUCCUCCUCCUCAUGCAGCGCCGCCUCUACGACCAGGCGGGGCUCAGGGCGGAGGGCAUCUUCCGCAUCGCCGCCGACGACGCCCAGGAGCAGUCCGUCCGCGAGCAGCUCAACUCCGGCGUGCUGCCCGAGGCCGGCGUCGACGUGCACUGCCUGGCGGGGCUCAUCAAGGCCUGGUUCCGCGAGCUCCCCGGCGGGAUGCUCGACUCGCUGCCGGCGGCGGAGGUGACGCGGUGCCAGUCGCCGGAGGACUGCGCCAGGCUGUGCGACCGGCUGCCGGCGGCCAAGGCGGCGCUGCUGGACUGGGCGGUGCACCUGAUGGCCGACGUGGCGAGGGAGGAGAAGAGCAACAAGAUGAGCAGCCGCAACGUCGCCAUGGUGUUCGCCCCCAACAUGACGCAGGCCAUGGAUCCAUUGACGGCGCUCAAGCACGCCGUCCACGUCAUGAACUUCCUCACCAUGCUCAUCGACCGAGCUCUCAACCAUGGCGCCACCUCCACCUCCACCUCCGUCGCCAGCCAUGCUCCACCACCAAACCAACAUUAACUCAUCAUCAAUCCAUGCAUGCAUCGCUUAAUUAUUAAUUAGCGCGUAAAAUAUCAUCAUUAGCAGGGGGCUAAUUAAGCUUAAUUUGGUUGUUUAAUUAAUUAGUUUCAUUUACUUUCAGACUCACUGGGUCUGACGUACGUAGCAUCGAGCAAAUCAGCUGUGUACAUGUUAUUUUCUUCCAUUUUAAUUAAGUACCUGUGUAAUACGUGCCCUAUGGUUGGUUUGAUGAUUUGAGUUUGAGAUAUUCGCG